AUGAAUACUGCGGGUGUGGCAGAACUUCCCAUUAAAGGGUUUCCAAGGUGUCUACCAAAAAAAAAAACUUUUUUGGGGAAUUCGCCAGCUUUCCCAGAAUUUCAAGCACAUUUUUGA